AUGUCACCCAAAAAUCGUUUCUCGAGAAUAUUCAUAUACACUUCCGCUGUAGCCUUGGGAGUCGGAGGAUCUACGUAUUAUAGUAUUAGAUAUCGAAAGAACCCAGCUGCUGACCUACCUACUACUUCGGCGCCGACCGGUGCUCUACGGCCUCCGCGCUUUGCACCCAUCAAACCAAGGGAUAAACAAAUUGCGGAUCUUAAGAAAAGUGGAAAUCUUGUAACAGGCGAGGAUUUAUUGAACACGAAUGCGGAACACACUCAAGCCGAUAAAAUUUAUGAUCUCUUAGUAAUCGGUGCAGGUGCAACAGGUGCAGGCAUAGCUCUUGAUGCCGCGACGCGUGGUCUGAGAGUCGCCUUGGUUGAACGCGAUGAUUUCAGCAGUGGAACAAGCAGUAAAUCGACAAAAUUGGUGCAUGGUGGCGUUAGAUACCUUGAAAAGGCUUUUUGGGAGCUAGAUUAUAAUCAGUACAAAUUAGUGAAAGAAGCCCUUCGAGAAAGAAGAUACUUUUUGCAAACUGCACCUCACCUUUCCUCCUGGUUACCAAUCAUGUUACCCCUAGACACAUGGUGGAAGGCGCCAUAUUACUGGAUUGGGGCAAAAUGUUAUGAUCUUCUGGCGGGUUCAGAGGGUAUCGAAUCAUCAUAUCUCCUGACUAGAAGUAAGGCACUAGAUGCCUUUCCCAUGCUAAAAGAGACAAAUUUGCUCGGCGCUCUAGUAUAUUAUGAUGGAGCACAUAAUGAUUCCAGGAUGAAUGUGUCACUAGCCAUGACCGCUGCAUUAUAUGGCAGUACGGUUGUUAACCAUCUCGAGGUAGUAGGAUUAGAAAAGGAUGCCGAUGGCAAACUAUGUGGAGCACGCCUUCGAGACUUGAUCAAAGAAAAAAAUGGAGAAAAAGUCGACGAUUUCGUGGUACGGGCAAGAGGUGUUAUUAAUGCAACUGGUCCUUUCACUGAUGCUAUUAGGCUGAUGGAUGAUCAAGCGGUAAAAGAAAUUGUUUCUCCCAGUUCCGGAGUACAUAUAGUUCUCCCAGGCUAUUAUAGUCCUCAAAAUAUGGGAUUGAUUGAUCCUCAGACCUCUGAUGGGAGAGUUAUAUUUUUUUUGCCAUGGCAAGGAAAUACUAUUGCAGGUACCACUGAUGCACCGACGAGCAUAUCUCACAACCCCGUAGCAGCAGAAGAGGACAUCGACUGGAUUCUCUCGGAAAUUCGUCAUUAUCUGUCAUCAGAUAUCAAUGUCCGUCGCAGCGACGUACUAGCAGCUUGGUCUGGCAUAAGACCACUCGUUAAAGACCCUAAUGCAAAGAAUACAGAAUCCCUCGUCCGAAAUCAUCUGAUCAAUGUAUCUCCAUCUGGUCUUUUGACCUGCGCAGGUGGAAAGUGGACAACCUAUCGCCAAAUGGCUGAAGAAGCUGUAGAUGAAGCUUUAGUACAAUUUAGUCUCACUCCAAAACCAUGCAGCAUUUCCAAUACAGUAAUUAAAGACGAUGAUGUCGUACUUGAUGGUUCCUGUCAGACCCACAAAGUCAAAUUAGUAGGUGCGCACAGUUUCUGCAAAAAUCUAUUCAUCAACCUUAUUCAGUAUUAUGGGCUGGAAACAGAUGUUGCAAAGCACUUGGUGGAUUCUUACGGCGACCGUGCCUGGGGCGUCGCUGCGCUCUCUCAAUCGACGAAUAAACGCUUUCCCGUACGUGGUGAGCGUAUUAGCGACUUGUAUCCAUUUGUUGAUGGCGAAGUUCGAUAUUCAGUACAUCAUGAGUAUGCCGAAACAGCUGUCGAUGUUUUGGCAAGACGUACCAGGCUAGCUUUCUUGAACGCACAGGCUGCGCUCGAAGCAACUCCUAAGGUGAUUGAUAUAAUGGCUUUGGAGUUGAAUUGGGAUUCACAAAGGAAAGAUCUAGAAUGGAAAGAAACAGUACUAUUCCUUGAAUCUAUGGGUCUUCCUAAACACUUCCUUGACGUCACUCGAGAGCAGGUUGAGCGUGGCAUAUUAAAAACUAGAGAGCAGACCGAGCUCAAUACAGACAUGGAAAAAACUAAGUCCGCUGUUAAUUCUCCAUAG